AUGGACAAUAAAUUGACUAAUAUCAACUCUUUUGUCGAAGACUUGAGAACAAGCAGUCUGUCUAGAGAGGAACUAUUUGAAAAGGCAAAGUCCCUUUACGAAAGCGAAUAGACAAUAUUAAAUGCUAUGACAAUUUUCAAUUUUAUAGCAGAUACUGAAGACAGAGUCUUGUAAGUAUUAUAAAAUUCACUAUUAAAACUAUUGCAACAUUAAGACAAUCGAGUCUAAGAGCUAACAAUAUCGGUGAUAUCAAAAUUAGUUUAGAAACACAACUUCAAAGAAUUAAGCUCUCAAGUUUUAGAUUUGCUGAUUAAUGUGAUAAUUUGGGAUGAUACCUUCAUUAUGUAUAAUCAAAGCUUUAAAUUUGCAUAAACUUUGCUCAAAGAGUAGUUUCCAGACAUGCAAAACAAAAUUAAGGUGAUGGAACCAAUGUUUAUGAAUAAAUAUUAUUUCACAAACAGAAAGGAGUACUACAUCUAAGGUUUAUUGGGAGUAAUGGAAUUAUUCCUAGAGCAAAAAUACAAUAUGGACAAAGUUAUCGAAGUGAUUGAAAUCAUUCAAAGGAUAGCAAGACACUAGAAUAAAUAUGUUAGACUAUACGCCUAGAAAUUCGUUCAUAAUCUCUUUCAAUUCUUUGAAGGAAAUGAAUACAAAGCCAUUAUUAUUGCCACCAUUUAAUAAGGAUUGAUGGAUGAAUCACUUGAAGUGAGAAUGCAAGCACUCAAGGAAUACUAAAUUCUGAAUCCCAAAAAUAAAGACUGCUUCUUGAUACCUUUACUCAACAAUUGCCAUACUGAUAAUUUGAUGGAAAUUGCUGCCAAUAUUGCUUAGCAACAUUUUCCUUCAGUUGGAGGUCCUCCUAUUUUGGGUUUAAUUACAAUUAUCAGAGAUAGAUUCCUUAAAGAAUGCCUCAUUUAUAAUUAUCAUUGCACAACAAGUCGAUAUUAUUAAAUAAGGAGUAGUGGUUUAUCAACUCUUUAAACAAUAACCUUGUUCAUGAAAUAAACACCAAAUGUAUUACCACAUAAGGAAAUAUUGAAAGCAGCUCAAAACUGCACCUUAUUUGAAACUGAUCCCAUAGUCAGAUAGGCUGGGUUUAGUUUGAUGUAUCACAUAAGCAGAUUACAUAUGAAUGAAGUUUUACCAUAUCAACAAUAGAUCGUUGACAAUUGCUUAUUCCAUCUAAGUGAUGUGCCUUUGGAAUGCAAGGAGUUUUGUGCAAAAAUACUAGCAUUGUUCAAAGAUCAUACUGAUUUAAUCAAGAAUUUACAAUAGAAAGUAUAAGUGGUUAAGGAUAAGGAAUUAGCCUAUUAAGAUUUUGUUGGAGUUGUGCCAAACACAGAAGAGGCACAAACUCAUUUAUAGAAAAGUCUAGAAGCUCAAGGAGGGAAGGAUAAGGUUGUCAGUAAACAUCAAUCUUAAACUUUACUUGGGAUUACUAUGUGUUUUAAGUAAAUCUCCAUUUUAUCGCCAGAUGAAUAACUAUUAAAAUAAAUGAUCGUUUUGAUAUCUUCAUGCCUGAAAUACAUUGAUUGGCAAAGACAUUUCAUUUUAUAAUGUUUGAUCGAAGGAUUACAGGAGUUGAAGAUUGUUAAGCGAUUACCAAUCAAAUUGUUAGAUGAAACAGACAUUUUGGCUUAUUUGAAAUAAUACAAUGAGACAGAAUUGCUUAAUAGGAUAGGUGAGAUAGUGGGGCCAACUAUUUUGAAAGGAAGAUUAUGA